CAGGAGUAUGAGGGCGGCUUUCGGGACCUGGGUGGCAGCCCUGCUCAUUGGGCUAGCCAGUGGACAGCCACAGAUAACGGGCAGGUCUCCCUACUGGAUGGGCCAUGCGGGAGGCGUCACUCUUUCUGUUUUUGGAUCUGGCUUCAGCGAAGACAUGUUCAGCCAGUUCGACCCCACGCUUGGCAACAUCGUGAAGCUUGUGAACGAAGCCGAAACCAUAGACUGCGAGGUCAUCAACUAUCUGUCCAAUACGAACAAAAUCGUCUGCAAUACAGGACCGAGAACCAACACGGCCGGAUCCGGAAUCUUCUAUAUCCAAGUAUUUUCCGACGGCGUGCAGGCGAACGGGACUCAGACGGUAGAGUACGCUGAUUGGGUGGCACCCAAGAUCGACAGCGUCACUCCGAGAUGGGCGCUGGGUCGCACAGUGGUUGAGUUUUACGGUUGGAUGCAGUCAACCAAGUACCGAGGCGUUGAUCCUGCAGAUCCUUUGGAAACUGGAAGUGACUCUGGAGUCAUUCUCACAAAGGUGUACAUGGGCGGCCUGGAUUGUGACAUGGUGAAUGAAACCAGCGGGGAACUGUACCAACUGGAAUCGCGAAGCCUCAGAUGUCAGGUAACCAGUAAGUACAUCGGACCCAUGAACGGAACCACCUACGUGACUGAACGCGGUGUCUCAGUCGGCCGGAAAUGGGGAAUUUACGUCGAUUCUCAGGACAGACUGUUCCAGCACCACACCUACGCAGGAGUUGACAGCGUGAGUCCCAGCAGCGGAUCCACGCAGGGAAACACUCUGUUGACUGUCACGGGUGUUGGCUUUGACCCUUACCCCGGCAAGACUGAGGUGUGGGUUGGAGGAGCCGAGUGUGUGAUCCAGGAUGUGCAAGACGAGACUCUCACCUGCUUAACGCCAUCGCAAGACGAGACUGGGCCUGCACCAGGAGAGCGUGGCAUCCUGUCUGAGACGUGGAACGGCGUGUACGUCAGCAAUUUACUUGACGAUAGCCUUUGGGACGCCCUGGACUCCAGUCACAGCGGCUACAGCUCCUCGGUGAUGAUGGACACGAGGAUUACCGUAGAUGGCACCCAGAACCUAACGGGGAAAGUUUCCGGCUACCUCCACGUUCCUCAUGACGGCUUGUAUUCUCUGGGCACUAUGGAAUUCAGUGGCGACUUGGCCUUCCUUAUUGCCAAAAAUGGCAAUCCCGACAACAAGACUUACGUGGGUCACUGGCACCACACAACACUCGAAGCGGACACCCCGAUUUAUUUCGAGUUCCGCUAUCGCACCCAAGCAAGCAUGACCUUCCGCAUUGCGAUGAGCGACUUCAACGCCAAGUUCACGUACGACCAGACGGCCAUGGGUCACGACGAGCGCCACCGUGUCAAGUUGGACCCCAAAGAACAGUUCGAAGUGCAGAGGAUUAGUUACUCAGGGUCCCCAGGACAAGCUAGGAUUUAUCUGGCUGGACUUACCUCUGAUCCUGUUGAUAUCACUGUGGACACAGAGAUUCGAUCCGCGAUUCUAGGCCUGACUGACCAGCUGUGCGACACCCAGGCGGACAGCCCGACAUACUUGUACCAGAACGACUUCGAAAUGGGCGAGGAUAAUAUUCCUGGAGUGAGAGGAUCGACCGCCGUCGACAUCGCGAGCUACUGUGGAAAGAAAUCCUUUUUGAUGCGUUGGGACGACCCAAGACUUUACUACACCGACGACGAGGAUCAAAUGGCGGACGUUUACACUUAUCGCUAUAUGUGUUUUGCUGUACGAGGCAACAUUGAGACUACCAUGAGUAUACAGUUCCGCUGGAAGGACAAAUAUGGCAAUGGCGGAAGAACCGACACACUUGUGGCUGAUCACGGUCUUGCUGCCACGGCUGAUACGUGGACUCACGGCUGCGUCGACUUGCUUGCCCUCGUGGACAGUUCGUGGUUGAACGAUCACCGUAUUGCAGGCGAAAAGCUGAAAGUCAGACACGUCCUGGCGCCGCGUCGAGCAACUUACAGAGAUAGUGUAUACGUCGAUACCUUCGCUUUUGCUACAGAAGAUAUUGCCGUGGUCCAGACCAGACCAUCCGCCCUGAAGAACGCAGGAAUCUUAGUGGACGACGUGGUCGUGACGGCAGUGGAAAAUGAAAAUGCUUUCGACGUGGAGAUCCAGACCGGCAACUGCGCUGGAGAUUUCCCUCUGCUUGGCGUGACGCAGACCACGGGCGAUGCUUCGUGGAUAACUGAUCUCGCCAGCGCCGCCAGCUACACCUUCAGCGUGGGCGUGGAGGAGGUGAACGUGAGCAGGACUUUUGUGGCGACUCAUCCCGUCACCGGAACUUGGUCGUUCAAUAUCGAAGGCAUCACUAUCGAAGACAUUCCCUUCGACGUGGAAGACUGGGCUCUGGAUGAGAUGAUCGAGGCCGCCCUUGGAACCAGCGGCAUGGCAGUCUCUCGCAGCGGAAUUUGCACCUUAUAUACUUGGCAAAUAGAGUGGAAGGAAAAUCCAGGGCGAAAGGAACUGUCUUCCGUAGACAUUUCAGGACUGACGUUCGAUGGCGAGAAAAUCAACGUGAAUGUAGACAGAAGCAGAGAAGGCAAGUUGUGGCACGAUCCUAUCGAGGCAGACUUCCUCACCGUCAGGAGCGAAGAACCUCAAGUGUUCGUGAGGGUGAAUGGCUACUCUGCUGCUUGCACUGGCGCUUGUGCAUUCGCGUUCGACGACUCAGGAGUCCCGAGCCUCUCUUCUGUCGCUGGAUCUCCAGAUGUGUCGGGCAGCCAUACCCUGACCAUUGUGGGCACAGGAUUUAGCAGUUCCGACAACAACGACUACAGCGUAACUGUAGGAGGAUCUGUGUGCAGUGUAUCUGCCGUCACCACCACACAGGUGACCUGCACAGUCGCUUACCUGCCUGCCGGCACCUUCCCCGUCGCCGUCAGCAUGCAACCCGUCGGAAGCGCACUGCAGCCCGACCCGCCCCUCUCCUACGCCGUCACCGUCUCCGUCACGUCCGUGACCCCUGCCACCGGAGGGACGGGCGGCGGGUACUCCGUGGUCGUGGCCGGCACCGGCUUCCCCGCAGACUUGGCCGGGUGGGAGGGAAGCUCCGUGGCUCUCGGCCUCAAGGACUGCACCGUCACCGACGCCGACGCCGCCUCGGUCACGUGCACCGCGCCGGCCGGGACCGGAGUUGUUGAUGUUUCGGUCACCGUCGGGGGUACAUCGGCCUCCAUGUCGUCAGCUUUCACGUACGAUGCGUCGCUGUCAGCUACUCUGACCAGUGUUAGCCCGACCACAUCAUCUGUGCUCGGUGGAGAGCUCCUAACGAUCACCGGCUCAGACUUUGGCUCUGGAACCGACGGAUAUGUCAUGGUGGGAGAUGAAAUGUGCGAGCCAAGCACUUGGGCCGCUGCUUCCAUUACCUGCACGCUGCCGCCUCUGUCCCCUGGCGUUCACCCUGUCACAGUCUACACCGGUAGCAGGGGCUUUGCUAGCGGGUCGGCUUCCGUCACCUACACACUGAAGGUGACGUCCUACUCUUCUGCCACUGGCUCCGUCAAGGGCGGAACGAUUAUGGUCAUCAGAGGCGAAGGUUUCGGCUCGAACUGCUCCUUCCUGCAGGUCGACCUCGGGGACGGCGUCAUGUGCGACGUCACGGAGUGUUCAGACACCGAAGUGACCUGCACGGUGAUGGUGAUGCCCCGAACUCACGUCGUCAAGAACGACGGCUCAAACACAGUACAUGGCCCUGGUUAUGCUUGGAAUCCCAAGCUGGUAGUCGUCAGAGAGGGAGACAGCGUCAAGUGGGAAUGGACCAAGAAUGACCCACUGUCCCAGCUGAUGUACAAUGUGUUCCAGACUAGCUCAGGAGCUGCUUAUGAAUAUGACGGCAGUGGCUUCAACUCCGGCUCUCCCACAUCUGCUGGUUCCUACAUCGUGACCUUCCCCCAUCAGGGAACGUACUUCUACGCCGGCACGCCUAUCGCGAACAAUGUUGUGCUCUCAGGAAGGGUAGAAGUCCUAAAACCCGGACAGAAGGCGUACAAGGUUAUGCUUUCUCUUGGGGGCAUCAAGGCUGAGUUUGUUCCCGAUGGAGCAGCUGUCUCCGUCUCCGUGGACGGCUGCGCCCCCAUCCUAGAGGCCGCCAUCGCCGACUGCAACUCCACCGCCCCCGACGCGCCCGACGCCGACGCUCUGUACUUCAUCACCGACAUGUGUCUCACGCCCACCGUCACAGGCGUCUCCGCCAGUUCCACCCAGAACGUCCCUGGCCUCAGCGGCCUCCAGGUGGCAGGCGGUGCCACUUUGACCCUCACUGGCUCCGGCCUCGGGGAUUCGACGUGCCAGACUCAGGUGUGGGUUGGGGACUCCUCAUGCACUGUCACGGCCUCCUCGGACACCUCUGUGACCUGUGACCUCGACGACUACGACUCCAUGGUCUCCCUGCGGCCCUUCCCUCUGCUGGUUAAUGUGAUCAACAGGGGUAUCGCCUGCCUGGACGUACCUGACUUCAAAACAACAGGCCAAGUUAGCAUAGUUCCCGUUGUGACGUCAUUCAGCCCGGUGGAAGGAUCUCUUGAAGGAGGCACAGUCGUCACCAUCCAAGGAACGGGUCUUGAAGCUUUUGACGACCAGGCCACAGUGCUCAUGGGUUCAUAUCCAUGCGUCGUGAGUGACGUCACACCCACUACCAUCACCUGCACCACUUCGUCGGCGCCUGCGGGAGCUGUCAAUAUGGUUAUCAGGAUCUCCGCCUAUAACAUCGACGCAGUUAGUAACCUGGCGAGCUCCGUCUUCACGUACUCGGCAGCAGCAACGCCCUCUGUGACCUCCGUAUCUCAGUCCGGGUCCUCGCUCACUAUUUCCGGCUCGGCCUUCGGCACCAACUCCGCUGCAGUCUCCGUCUUGCUCACCUUUACGUCUAGUCGGCGUAGGAGAAGCAUUCCUGAAGAGGUGCCCGAAGACCCAGCCCCUGUUCGCGGCCACUUCUUGGUUCCCGACGAAAGCAACGUUGAGGUCGACCUGGAUAUGGACGUUGUUCGCGAUAGUUACAAGCCGGUCGUUCAUACCGGUCUCUUUGACGACAUGGGAGCGGACAGCCAUUUCUGGGGCACAUUUACGAAAACAAACGCGAGAAACUUCGAGGAAUCGAAGGCCCUCGGAGCGUGGAGGAUCGGAGGUAGCAAACGCGUCGCAAAGGCAGAAGCGCCUGUCGCAGAGGUGGUGCGAGAGAAACGAGAAGCAUCACAGACCACAUACGAGUGCACGCCAACUUCAGUCACGGACACCACAAUUGUCUGCGAUACGAGCGAUCUCCCAGCAGGCAGCUAUGCUAUUUCACUGUCGGUGGAUGGUCUCGGCGAUGCUUCCGUCGACUCUGGCGUAGGCGCCGUCACCACGGCCGCCGUUGUAUCCACAAUAUCUCCGACGGAGGGCAGCGUCAAUGGAGGCGCCCUUCUUACUAUAUCGGGCUCUAGUUUCACUCCAGGAGAUCUGAAUGUAACCGUGGACGGUCUGGAGUGCGAAAUCCAGACAGAAACCAUUGACACCAUCACGUGCCUCACCCCAGUCCACGCAACUGGUGUUGCGUCGGUGGCAGUUACUUCUGGAGGAGUUACAACCAACUCGCCAACUGACUUCACCUAUGAUUCUGCUAAGACCCCUGUCCUCUCCAGUGACCCAAUAUCCCCAAUUGCUUGCUGUAAUGCAAGCAUUUCCUUGUCCGGAACAAACCUGAAACUGGCCACCGAUGAUCCGGAGGUCACAGUCGGCGGAUCGGCCUGCACUGAAGUCACUGCCACCUCCACUACCGUUACUUGCAAGAGUCCAGAACUUGCUUCAGGCACUUACGAUAUUGUUGUAAGAGAUGUUCUCUAUGGGUACUCAAACGUGAUUAGUGUCACCUACAGUUUUUCAGUGGACUCAGUGAGCCCAUCUUCAGGGGGCUUUGGAGGAGUGGAGGCGACACUGACUGGCACAGGCUUCGAUCCAGCCGGUGGCUCCACAGUGACUGUAUGCAAUGCCACGUGUGAUGUCACUGCUGCCAGUUUUGGCUCCAUUACCUGUGUUAUUCCCCCCAGGACACCAGGAGGAAGUGGCACAGAGUCCUGUGACGUUGUUGUGACGAACUCCGACGCUACAACCACGACGUUUGUUGACGGAUUCACUUAUGACUCCUCUCUGAGCUCUUCCGUCACUUCCGUUUCCCCCACAAGAGGAGGAACAGCUGGCGGCACCGAAGUUACCAUCACGGGAACUGGUUUUGCAGCAACUGGAAACACAGUCAUGAUCGGAGGCUCAGUUUGCAAAAUUGUGAAUGAAAGCAGCACCGAGAUCACUUGCAAUACUAUCUCCCACGAUGGACCAGGGAGGUUCCCUGUUAUGGUUACUGUGCCUGGAAAAGGCAUUGCUACAGUUGACGAGAAUGGAGAGUUCUUCUAUAUUGAUCGCUGGAGUUCAGUGUUCACGUGGGGCGGAGACCCCGUGCCAUCAGAAGGCCAGCUCGUUGUCAUCGAAAACGGCCAGACUAUCCUCAUGGACGAGUCGACGGCCGUCCUCGAAAUGCUCCUGAUCAAGGGAGGUCACGUGGUAUUCGAUCAGGAAGCGACAUCAGAGAUCAUCCUGCGAGCCAAGUACAUCCUGGUCGUCGAGGGCGGGUCGCUGAGCAUCGGGUCCGAGGAAGAGCCAUUCAUGGGCGAUGCUGUUAUUGAACUCUAUGGCAACACAAAGACUAUCGAGUUGCCUAAUUACGGAGCAAAGGUACUGGCUGUGCGUGAAGGUACCUUAGACCUCCAUGGAGCUCCCAUUGAUGUAACAUGGACACACCUGGCAGCCACGGCAGCUCAAGGCAGUUCUACAAUAACCCUCAAGCAGCCUGUUAGCUGGAAGGCAGGAGACAAUAUUGUCAUUGCUACAACUGAGCACAGGUUCAUGGUCAACGAGAACGAGGAGCGCACCAUCGCUUCCGUGUCAGCCGACGGCCUCACCCUCACCCUCACAGAGCCCCUCGAGUUCGAGCACAUCUCCAUCGAGCAGACCUUCGGCACCCACACAGUAGAGACCCGCGCUGAGGUCGGCCUCCUCACGCGUAACAUCAAGAUUAGAGGCAACGUUAACUCGGACUUCAUUGAAGAGAUUGAGGCUUGCGAUGAGGACUGGCAUCCAGGUCAGUUUAUGGUCCAGUCUUGCUUUAACGGAAGGUUUGGCGAAGAGAUCGGAGGCGCCCAGUUCGGUGCGACGGUCAUGCUGUUCGGCAAGGAAGCCAACAAAGACCUUGUGCAAGGCCGCGUCGAAUACGUCGAGGUCACGGAAGCUGGACAGGCCUUCCAGCUGGGCCGCUAUCCCCUUCACUUCCACUUAGUCGGCAACGUCAACACCUCAUACAUCCGUGGUUGCGCCGUACAUCGUACAUACAACCGCGCAGUGACCAUCCACGCUGCCGAUUACCUUACUGUGGAGAAGAACGUUGUCUACAAUAACAUGGGCCAUGCUAUCUUCACUGAGGAUGGUGUGGAACAGUUCAAUGUGAUCCAGUACAACCUUGCUGUUUACACAAGAAGUUCGUCGUCGUUGCUGAAUGUUGACGUAACUCCAUCCUCCUUUUGGAUCGUGCACCCCAACAACAUUGUGCGCCACAACGCAGCCGCGGGAGGCACUCACUUCGGCUACUGGUACCGACUGGAGCGCCACCCGUCAGGUCCCUCCGCGACCAACUCCAUCUGCCAGAACAAUGCACCCAUUGGAGAGUUCACCAAUAACACGGCGCAUUCUAUGGGCUGGUAUGGUCUGUGGGUAUUCUCCAUGGAUGGGUACUUCCCCAAAGACAAUGUAUGCUGGGGCAGUAAUGUGGUUGCCAAAUGGGACGGGUUUACCACGUGGAGGAAUGAACGCGGGGCAGAGAUCGUGUCUGGAGGACAACUGCAGUUCCACAACUUUGUGGCUCUGGAUAAUGAAUUUUCCGGCAUCGAAAUGGUGCAGAUGGAUGGUGGAUUUGGAAUGGACAAUGGACCUGGAGUCUUUAACUCGGUGAUCGUCGGUCACUCGGCGCUCACUCCCGAAGGCUGCGGAGACGCAACUAGCGGAAUAAUAACACCGAAGAAGACCGUCUUCAGCAUCGCCGACACCGAGUUCUACAACUUCGAUACCAACAAGUGCACAGCACUGUCAGGGUGCUCUCAGUGCAAAGUCUUCCAGGGAGGUUACCAAGUACAGGUCAAAGGCCUCACCUUUGUAAACUCACCUAACAAGCUGAAGUUCAAGUGGGAACACGAAACAGUGUGGAUCGAUGCAGAUGGAUCGCUGUCUGGGGCUGCUGAAAAUAAAGUUGUAUCGGACUCGGACAUUCUGCCACCUGAAUGCACAAAGAGUGUCUCAGCUUUCUCUCUGAAUCCAGAGGCCCCCGGCGCCGUCUGCACCUCCUCUGUCGAGUUCGUCAGACUCAGCGUGAAGGGAACCAAUGUGAAGCCGCAGUCCUUCCGAGGCGGAGAUUUGAUCCUCUCGAACAGCUACGGCAACACCACCAUCCCGUACCGUGUAAAGAGGUUGGACGGUGGUGAAGGAUGGAUGGGUAUAGUGUCGACGGGAGGAACCUAUGACUGGAUGUUCAAAGAUGGAGAAACUCAAACGGAUAUCGAAUACGAUGCUCAGAGUAAAAAUAUGCUGAGUGGACAGUAUUAUUACGUACAACACCGAUUCAUGCAAACUCCAGAUUACUUCAGCACAACAGGUGUGGAGAGAAACAGCUCUGACGCCCUUCCAGACCCGGCUGCAGGUUAUCAUGGGGAAUACUACUGGGACGAAUCCUCAAAGAUUAUGACUUACUUGGUUUCGUAUAAUAAAGAAUCCAGGAAGAAACGAACCGUCUUUGACGAGCGAAAUACAGGUCGGACACGAAACAUUGACUUUGAGACAUACAGGUGCGAAUACGCAGGCUGUGUUGCUCCCACGCCUCCGCCCGUGCCCACUGGCCGACCGGAUGUUACUUUCCUGUGGUCCGACGUUGAGACCUGGAAGGAGGUUCCUGUAGGAUCGGGAGGACAUCCGACGGAGGAAGAAUACGGCCUGCCAGUGGAAGGCGACGAGAUCAUCAUUCCUCCAGGAAUGUGGAUCAUCGUGGAUACAGAUACCCCAAGCCUCGGCCGUGUAUAUGUUUACGGCGGUUUGGAGUUUGAAGACACGAGAGAUCAUGUGUUCAAUGCUACCAUCAUUUUCCUGCAGGGUGGAACUCUGGUAGCCGGAUUUACCGAAGACGCCCCCUUCACGCAUGAGCUCGACAUCGUCCUCAGAGGCACCACAGACCCUAAUGAUCCCGACAAUGUUGACAUGCCCAUGCCCGACGGCACACCCGACGUUGGAUGGAAGGCCAUGGGUGUAUUUGGCCAACUGAUUCUCAACGGGCAAUGUCCUUCCACCACUUGGGUCAAACUCGGAGCCACUGCUGCAGUCGGGGAGACUGUAAUCACACUCGCUGAAGCUGCCGACUCGUCAUGGCUCAAUAAAGAGGUAAUAAUCACUACCACCGGCAAGGAGGCUACCGAAACCGAGGUACGGAUGGUCACAGCCGUAUCUGGCAACACUCUCACCCUUGAUGCUGCUCUCAUCUACGAACAUUUAGGCGAGACUCACACACUUUCUGAUGGAACUCAAUACGUAAUGGCUGGUGAGGUUGGCCUUCUCACUCACAAUAUCGUCAUCGAAGGCAGUGACUAUGCAGAGCUGAAUGCAAAAGGUUUUGGAGGUCGCAUCCUCGUUUCCUCCUUGACUGCAGAAGGAGUGGAUUAUCAAGGAAGUGCUCAGCUUUCCUGCGUAGAAUUUAAGAACAUGGGUCAGAAGGACUUCUCAGAAUCCACCGAUCCAAGGUUCUCCUUAGCUUUCCAUAGUCUGGGGACUGACGAUGGUUCCAACUACGUGAAGAAGUGUAGCUUCAACAAAAACUUCAACAGUGCUAUUGGGUUCUUCAGUUCAAAUAACUUCGUCGUUGAAAACAACGUCGUUUACUAUACCGUUGGCUCUAGCAUCGUCGACGAGGGUGAGGACAACACCUUCCGCUACAACUUGGUAUCUCUUUUGUUCUUCCCUGGUACAUACAACGGCGAAUCAGAAGAUCAGUACCAGCCAUGGGAAGGCGGAUUUUACCUCAAUAAAGCCUCUAGAUCUGUACUACAGGGCAAUGUUGUUGCUGGAUCUGAACUUGCCGGCUACCGUACUUAUGGAGAGCUUUGUGAAGAGUCCACUAACUGGGUCGACAAUGAAGUCCAUAGUGCGACAUAUGGUGUUAUGAUAUGGAAAAAAGGAAGCCCAAUACCUAUGGAUUGCAGAAGGAUCAAUAACUUUUAUGCAUGGAGAAUCACCGAUACAGCCUUCUACAUGCAAACUUCUGCAAGCCUCCAUCUAACAAACGUGGUUAGUGCUGACAGUCGCAUUGGAACAAACCAGCUCAUUUACGCUCCACCUGCGUUGAGCCACAUACUUUCAACGAAAACUGCAACUACAGAUAACUCCUUGUUCAUCGGAGCAUCACCAUCUUAUGACUGUACUUACCACGACUCUCAGUCCAAUGCUCAGAGCUUCUUUGGGAAUCUGUGGACAAAAGGCAUUGAUGGCGGAAAUGCUGGAGUGAUGCUGGCAGCCUUUGUCUCUGGACUCAACAUGGCUCCCAAGCAUUCAUUCCACGAAGCAUCCACAUACCCAGCCAUCAAUGGAGCCACAUAUAUCAAUGACGUCAAGUUCGCUAACUAUGCCACUCGCUCUUGUGGCAAGGAUGUUGCCAUGAUAUCCAACAAAGACGCAGAUGAUGCUAUCCACCCGGUCUUCGUUAGCGGCCUGACUUUCCUCGACACUUCGGAAAGUAACAAGCUCUUCCUGUUCGAACCCAACCUUGGAAGAGUGAACCCUUCAGACUGCGUGGACAUGGACUGCGAUGGCCACAAAAAGGUUAUAAUUACUGACAAUGACGGCACUUUCCUUGGUGCUGCGGGUGCCACUGCCACCUCGCAGGCCGAAUUCGAGUGGGAUGGAGAUCCAAGUCGCGGAGUCGGGGAUUACAGGAUUCCAAUCUCUCUUCGUCAAAAUUCCAGUGGCAGUAUCAUUACAGCGGCGGAAAAGUACCCACAUAAAGGAAUUAUUCGUGAUGACUCUUGCACUCUCAUGACGGAGUGGCGAGCGUGGAAGUGCACGAAUCUUAGGCACCGCAUGAUGGUCAUUGAGAGCAUGGAUACAGACACAGAAAUUCGUCGCUUGUCUCCCAUUGGUCUCAUCGCAAACCCAGGCGUGAACGGUUAUGUGGACCUACUGAAUGGGCCGAUGGAUCGUGGAUGGUGCUUCGGCUAUACCUGCCAGGAGAGAAUUUCCACUUUCUAUGCUGUUGUGGCUACAGGACAUACUUACGAAAUGGCUAUGACUAGUACUCCACCUCAGGUCAUCCGAUUCCACUUGCUCCACACGGACCCCAGCGAGGCCGUUCUUCUUCGCAUGUACUUCCCGAAGACGCAAAGAUUCGACAUAUCUGUUGACGGCAUCUACGUCCCUCCAACCAACAUUGACAAUUCUCAAUAUCCAGCAAAGUACCAGCUUCUUCCCGAAAGCGAUUCGUUCUUCCCUUCCAUCACUGAUCCUGUAGGAACCAAUUACCUGCAAAGAGAAGAAAAGCUCCUUCACGUCGUCCUACGAGGCGGGUCUGUGAUAGAUAUCACAACGACCCCCACAAUAAUCCUCUCCAUGGGCAUUGCGGUCGACCCCGACAAUUUCUUCGAAGAGAACCUCGUGCAGAAUUUGGCUCUCUUGCUAAAUAUCGCGCCGGAAAAUAUCAGAGUCACCAACAUCAUCAGCGAGAGUUCAGGAAGGAGGAGGAAGAGGGGAGCUUUAGAGGUCGUUCAGGCAGAGUUUGAGAUCGCAAGUCCACCGACCGACGCGUCCAACAGCUCGAGCGCAAUCAGCGGGACUGAGGCAGAAAUGCUGACUCGUGCAGAUUUGGAGGAGAUCAUGGUAGAAGCUGUGAACACCUUCCAGUCCGGUGUGUGUGAGGUUUGCAACUUCACCAUAAAGACGCUGCUGGUCACCCCACCUUUAGAUGAACCCGAGGUGCCAACCGGCUAUGCAACGCCAGAAUUCGGUCAGCAAAUCACAGAAAACGGAACUCUGUACAGCAACUUGCAACAGCAGGAAGACCUGUUGGCACUGAACCAGAGCAUUGAGGGCACCGCCUACGAACAGCCUAGUGCCUCUUCUAUAGAACAAGCAGUUCCGAUCACAGUUAAAGCACUUACUCCAUUUGCUGACCAACCCGUUGUCGUCGUCCUUUCAGAUGAAGGCAAUCCCAUCACUGAGCUGGGCCGAGAGAGCGACCCCUGGAUGAUGACGGCCUUCCUCUCCGGCGGGGACUCGAGGGCGACCCUCUUGGGCAACACGACGGUACCCUACGAGGACGGGGCCGCGACCUUCAGGAACCUCGGCGUCAGCCUCCCGGGCCAGGGUUACAGCCUAUCCUUCAUGGUUACGAGUCCGGACUCGGCGCCAGACCUUUCUGUAUCCCUUGACCAAUCCUUUGUGGUUGAACAAAAGACGAUUAAGAUGAAGAUUGAGGCUCCAGAAUACAUCGUACUCAACCAAGAUUUCAGUCUUAACAUUGUCCUUAUUGACGCUGAUACAGGGAGUAUUAUGGACAGCUCAAUGCUUAUAGGUCAAAGUAUUAAUGGUGAAGUGAGGGCGAGGAAAAGGUCAAAACUCAGCGGCAAUAAAAAGUUCACUUUCCAAGAUGAGGACAUGGCCAGCUUCUCGAUUGACGGCCUUCGAGUGGGCAAAGCGCUCAGGAGAUUCCGUCUUUCCGUCAAGAGCCAGAUCACACCAGCUGGCAUCAGCGUUGUUGGCUUAACGGACAUCAUACCGGUCUUAGAUUUCGAAAUGCCCGAGAACGCCACGACAACAACAAUUAAGAUGAGAGUCAGAGGCAUCAGGAGUAAGGGAGUGAAAAAAGAUAAAGCAACGUUCGAGAAUAAGGUCAUGGCUGAAAUCUCAAACAUAGGAGACGUGUACUGGCAUAACCCUGAACUGAAAACCGGCAGGAAGCUGAUUUUCUCUGUGGAUGCACAAGGCAGCCGGGCGAAUCUAAGCGCUGCCAUCGAGUCCCUCUGCAUGAAGCUGAGGACAAGGAAAAUCAAAUUCAAGAUCAACAGGAGGACCGUCUGGUUAGAGAAGAUGAAGGUGGACAAUGGAAAGUGGUUUAAGUGUAAAGUGAGGCGGUUCAUCGAAGUGAAACAAUACUUGAUCGCUUAGAGGAACUUUGGCAAGGACAAGAAGUACAAUUGUGAAAAGUACUGCAUUUCAUUUUCUGUAUGUGGGUUCCUUUUUGGUUUCUAAGGUACAAAAUCUACAAAUCAUGUUUUAAACGUAUCUUCUAACAUUUAAAGACUGAUUUAUAGAUAUGAAUGCAAUAAAUGAUAACCAUUAAAAUAUAUUGCCUCUUAAUAAAAACGAUUUAUGUAUACAGUCAUCCUUGUCAUUAGAAGUUGCUAAAAAAAUCUGUGUUAAUGUAAUAAACCAUUCAGACGUGAUUAUUUAAAAACUAUUUCUUUGGUAGCAGAAUGUUCGUCGUGUAUGAAAUGAGAAAUAAAAUUUAGCUCUGACACUUU